UUUACUAGUUUUUGGCGAGAAGAUCAUUAAGAAUGAUGGUGAUUCCUGUAAAUCCAAGGUCGUUCGAUAAAUUUAAAGCAGAUGCUAAGCAAAGAACAACAGAUCCACUCCAGGUUCUUGAUUUGGUCGCAAUGGAUGUUGUCACAGCUUUACACAUCAGACGUUCAUCAAACAUUACUACUACUACUGCUGCUAAUGCACCUUCCUUCAAUCAUUCUCUUCUCUCCAACUUCAACAACCAUCACCUAUUUCCUCCUAUUCCUCGAAGAAAACGAUCGCCCCCUUCCGCUCGUAAUCAUGAUGUGAAGAUUUCUUCUAUUCCAGGAAUGGAACAUGAUCUUGAUUAUCAAAAUCAAGAAAAUGUCAGGAAUAUUGGCGGAAAACGAAAGUUUCUUGAAAGGGAACCUGAAGUGAAACAGACCAAGAAAAUCAAGAGAUUAUUUGCGGAAGAUAAAGAAAAGAUCAAGAUUGAACAAGAAACUGAAGUCCAGGAGAAGAAGAAAAUCAAGAAACCAAGUACCAGACCCAUGGUGAGAUCAACCAAAGCGUUGAAUCCAGAGCCCCUUCGUCCGGAGUUGGAAGCAAAAAUCACAGCACUUGGAGGCCAAAACGCGAAGCUGGUGAUACAGAAAUACUUGUACCCAACAGAUGUAAAUCCAGGUCACGAUCGUUUAUCAAUUCCUGAGUUGCAAGUACAAGACCGUACCUUUCUUACCAAGGACGAGGCAGACUUGUUAUACGAUGAGGGAGGAGAAUUAAAAGUUAAAGUCUUGGAACCGUGCGGUUUUGUGUCUGAUAUGAUUCUGAAAAAGUGGAAUAUGCCGAGUACCCGUAAUCUGAACUUGAGGACAUAUUGGACUAAACUGAUGAAGAGAAAUAAGGAUGAAUAUGAUGAGAAGACGGGGAAGCUAAUCGAAAGAAAGUUCUUCGACGCAGGUGACAUCAUUCAGGUUUGGUCAUUUAGGGUUAGCAGAGAAGACAUUCAUCAGGAAAUUAUAGACCCAAUCGGCCAUGAUGACGAGCCUGUCGCUGAAGAAGAAGAUCCAGGGAAACUUUGGCUUGCACUGAUUAAUCUCAGCCGUCCCGUUCCAAACAAUGGAGAUGAACAAAUUGUACAACUAGUUUAAUAUUUAGGAUAAUUUGUGUUUUAUGUUAUCUUCUAGUUUUUAGUUUAUCUGAUGUAAUUUGGUCUAACUAAU